ACCGCUGCACUAAGACUUGUCGCGGCUUUCGAAGUCCAUGAGUGGAUUUUAUUCUUAUUUCCUCUUUUUUCUCCCGGGUAAAUAUGCUGAUGACGAGCCAAACGUAUGCCGAGCUCCAUCAUACAGACUAGGAACAUCAAAAGUCAAAGAUCCGGCCCGGGACACUAAAAAAUGAGAACGCCUGCUGAGAAUUGAAGUUGGAUUUUUAAGUUGCUUCGAGUUGUCCAAAACAAAGUUGACUAUGACUAUUAUAGUGGACUUUGAGGAGUGUUUGAAAGAUUCACCUCGCUUCAGAGCUGAAAUCGAGGCUGUUCAGGUGCACGUAGGUGAACUAGAGACACGGUUAGACAAGCUGGUGAAACAAUGUCAGGCCAUGCUGGAGGCCGGCCGAGUCUACUACCAGACCAGCAAGAGCUUUGUGAGCGGUCUACAAGGUCUUGGACAGCACUGCUCAGGAGACACCAUGAUGGAGGAGUGUUUGCGGACCUUUUCUGAAAAACUGUCCCUCAUUCUGGAGUCCCAGGGGGAGGUGAUUGACAUCACACAGAAGUCGGUCAAGAUGAAGCUGCAGAACUUUGUGAAAGAAGACGUGCGUCGUUUUAAGGAUGCACGCAAGGAGUUUGAGCGCAGCAGCGAAUCCCUGGAGGGGGCACUGGCGAGGAACGCUCAGGCCCCCCGCGGGAAGCCCCAUGAGGUAGAAGAGGCCAACAACGCUCUGCUGAAUUCUCGCAAGGCUUUCCGAUCAGGCGCCCUGGACUACGUCCUGGAGAUAAACAUCAUUGAGGCCAAGAAGAAGACUGAACUGCUCAAUUCAAUGUUGUCAAUGAUGGAUGCUCAGGCCCAGCUGUUCCAAAAUGGCCACCAGUCUCUGGCACAACUUGACCGGUAUCGCCAAAAACUGAGCGAAGAGCACAAGCAGUUUGUCCUCAACUCUGCACGGGAGAAGCGGGACAUGGAGCAAAGACACUCCGCCAUCAAAAAAAAGGAUGUCUCCUACGACGACUCCAUGAUGGACUUCAAUCCUGACGCCGCUGACGGAGUGGUGAUGGAGGGCUACCUCUACAAGAGGGCCAGCAACGCCUUCAAGACGUGGAGCAGGCGCUGGUUCUCCAUCCAGAAAAACCAGCUGGUAUAUCAGAAGAAAUUCAAGGAGCAGCCCACGGUGGUGGUGGAAGACUUGCGUCUCUGCACAGUCAAGCCCAGUGUCGAGAAUGAGCGACGCUUUUGUUUUGAAGUGGUCUCGCCGUCCAAGAGCUGUCUGCUGCAGGCCGACUCUGAGAGGCAGCAGCAGGCGUGGAUGAAAGCCGUCCAGAAUAGCAUUGCCUCCGCCUUUCAGGAGCGCAGAGACGACCACCACAGUCCACGGCAGCGCAGCAACUCCACGUCAGUGAGCUACCCAGGCGGAGGAGGCGUGGACCGACAGCAGAACGAGGGCUUCAAGGCCCUGGAGGAGGUUCAGGACAUUGCAGGGAACAGGGAGUGCUGCGACUGCGGAACACCAGGACCUGACUGGGCCUCCAUCAACCUGGGCAUCACACUCUGCAUCGUGUGCUCAGGAAUACACAGGAGCCUGGGAGUCCAUUUCUCUAAAGUGCGGUCCCUCACACUGGACUCCUGGGAGCCAGAACUCAUUAAGCUGAUGUGUGAAUUAGGCAACAGCGUCAUCAACAGGAUCUAUGAGGCACGCAUUGAUGAGAUCACCUUGAAGAAGCCCCUUCCCUCCAGUCCCAGGGGGGACAAGGAGGCCUGGAUUAAGUCCAAAUACGUGGAGAAGAAAUUCAUCCAGAACCUAUCGCACACAAACUACGGCGCCAAGAGGAACCGGGCGGCCACACAGGACCGUAACGCACCAAGACCGCCGCUCAAACCCAAACCAAGCCGAGCCACUCUUCCUCGUUCCACAGGACCGAGUGAGGUCCGGAAGAAUAACGCUGGCUCCCACAAAGAUUUGAACGACGAGGAGGAAGAUCUAAGCAGCCUUCACCCGGGGGCUCUGCUGUACCGCUCGGCCGCCCUGCAGAACUUCCCCGUUAUGGCGGACGCGUUGGCCCACGGCGCCAACGUCAACUGGGUCAACGCGGCUGAGGAAUCCCGCACGCCACUCAUCGCAGCCGUCUCAGCGAACGCCCUGGCGGCCUGCGAGUUUCUGCUGCAGAAUGGCGCCGACGUCAACCAGGUGGACGGCAAUGGGAGAGGGCCUCUUCAUCACGCCACUGUAUUGGGACACACAGGGUUGGUGUGUCUCUUCUUGAAGCGAGGUGCAGACUACAACGCCAGAGACGACAACCAGGAGGACCCCAUCACCAUCGCAGUGGACACUGCCAAUGCAGACAUUGUCACUUUGCUGCGGAUCGCCAAGAUGAACAGGGAGAUGCAGGAGAUGGACGGGGCGCUUGGAAAAUCAGGUCUUUUAAAGGGGCAGGCGACUGGAAGCAGUGAGACAGGAAAUAGGCAGGGCCAAAGCAGGAAAAGCCUGCAUGCUUUAAGGAGCCACAAAAGUGGUUGGGCUGUGUGAGGCCAAAAUGAUUAGUCAAAUAUAGUAAUAAUAAUAAUUGGGCUAAUUCUGAUUCCAACGGGCUUGUUUUUGCUCGCUCUACUGGUUUUACAGUGCAGCUUUAUUUGUCUACCAUGCAGAAUAACGUUGUCUCAUUUGAGACGAAAAAAAAACCCACUUAUUCACUGGGAAGGUGUAAAAGCUACUUUUACACACUAGCGCCUUGAACAAGUCUUCCACAGUCCAUUGUCCCUCGUUGUACUUUGGAUUCAAGUCGUCUUUUGUUUAUAGCUGAUAAUUGGUUCCUGACAGGGCCACGAUAAAUCCAUUCCUGCAAAGUUCGAAUCAUUAAUUAACUUGUUCACAUUCCUUUAAAUAUUUUAACAUUAUGAGAACCCCCUAGAGAUGAAAUAACACUAUUUAGUUACCUUUCCACAUCCAAUAUAGUAACGCAGUACUGCACAGCGGUUUGGUUUCAUACAACAGCCAAUACUACUUAUUUCUAUUUAUUUAGCCAUUUUUAUGCUGGAAAAUGAUUAAUUUAGGACCAAAACGUUUUAGAACAUACCUGGGCAAAUUAAGGCCUGUAGGCCACAUGCGGCCCGUGAAGCUUUUCAAUCUGGCCCGCCGUACAUUCCCAAAUAAUUGUUUUAUAUCUUUAAGAUGGAAAGUGUAGCUGCCAUUAUGAUGUGCAGUGAUGUUUCCUAAUGACCGUAAGUCUUCAACUAUACAAAGUAUUUCAAUGGUUGGAAUCUGCGCUUAUGGAUGAUAUACCAGUUACUAUGGUAAUCUAAUUAGUUACUAUGCUCAUCUAAUUAGUUACUAUGGUAAUCUACAUCACAGCAGCUCAGGCGAGGCACCAAGCAGUGUGGGCGGGAAGCGUUUCCACAACAAAGUUCUAAAGCUUAGUGAUAUAUUACAUAUAUCAGAUUGGAGGUGGGUUUAUUGUGUACCCUUCGCGUUCAUAAUUCACUGUUUGUUGCAUUUUUGUUGCGUUUCACUUGAUUGUAAAAUAUGUCGAUCGAAAGGGGGCGUGGCAUUCAUAUUUUGUCAAUAUUCAGUGUUUUAUCGUUCAUAGAAAAAUGUAAAAUUCCAUUAAGUUUUUAAAGGCAGUAUUUCAUAACAUUUUUAGCAUUCAAUUAGACAUUAUUGUGAGGUUUUGUAUUAGUGUUCUUAAAAAUAGAUAUACCCGGCCCCCAGACACAUUUUUUUCUCUAAAUGUGGCCCCCGAGUCAAAAUAAUUGCCCAGGCCUGUUUUAGAAUAUGCUUUAUAAACCUGCAAUAUGGCGAGGGACAACUACACAUUGUGUGCUCCAAGAAAAAGACCAAAUACUGUGAAACUAGAAGGUUGUAGAAGUACAAUUAUCAAACAAAUGUGUGAACACUAUGUGUGUGUGUGUGCAGUUAUGGAAGCUAUUAUAUUUUCUUCUGUGAACAAGACCAGAGAAACACACACACACAGGCUUGCAUUGUUUGUUAGUCAGGCUUGUGUUGUGCUUCUUGUACAUGCUUUGCGCACAAAUGUGAAGCAUCUGUUGUUUGUGCUUUCAAAAAAAUAACAAUUACCCUGCUGGUCAGCGUUUGACUUGCUGUGUCUUUGUGUGUCCUCGCACUCCUGAGGCAAGGAGCUGGUCUCCCCUGCUGCAAACUAUGAGGUAAAGUGCACGUGCAUGCUUGUGACGUCAUCUUGUACGCUUGACUUUGCACGCUUCCUGCUUCGAAGUAUCCCGGAAAUGCAUUUAAAAAGGGCUUUAAAAACUACCCUACACGCAUUGCCAUUUAUGGUUGAUUGUUGUAAUGGUCAAACGUUUCAUAUGUACACUAAUGUGACUUUAUGCGGCUUUUCAAACUUCCUGGUGGCUUCUAUUCUGCUCUUCAUCGCUUCAGCUUUAGAUCCGACAGCGGCAUCUGGCGGGCUAAUGCAGGAUUGCGCCAUUCAAUUCUUAGGCUUUUUUUAAAAUGCCAUCCAGUGCCUUUUUAAGCUCAUGUGUUGCUAUCUUUGUUGGGUUGUCCAGGUGACGAGACCUAUCAGCACAUCUUCAGGGAUUUCUCACACAUGGCUUCCAACAACCCGGAGAAGCUCAAACGUCGCAGUGCAGAUGGCAAAUUCUAAAAGCGUAACAUUUGCAGGCACGGCCUUAAAUGUACAGUAGUCACGUGACGCUCAGCUGACUUUGGAGGGGAUCAACGGCCCAACAGUCCAACAGUCACGUCUUUGUGUGCACAACAAUGGCGUCGCAAACCAGACCCGCAUGACGUGUUUGCAUUCUGCUUGUUUUAAAAAGUGCUUUUACUUUUUUUGUUUUUUUUGUUUGUUCAUGUAGGAAUAAUGAAUUGAAAUCUAUUUUGUCUAAUAUAUAUAUAUAUAUUCACAACACAAUCCAAAAUAAAGACUUCUGUUUUAAA